AUGCAGGCGCAGAAUGUCUUCGCAAUCGCCAUGCACGAGUUCAUAGACCGCGUGUCUCUCGCGAAGUUAGAAGAGUCAACCAAUAAAGAGGCAGCAUACUUUCCAGCAAGGCAUCACGCCGCUAGCAGCACCUCUUCGUCGCCUUCGGCUAACCGGGCAAGUAUUACGGAAGUGCUCAAUGACAAGCAGAAGCGAUAUCGAGCAUAUGAUCUCCAUGAUACGGCUCCCCUGCUGCCACCACUAAGCAAGCACCGCAAGUCUCAGACUGUGGCGCAACAAAAUGUUCACCAGACACAUUCUCCUAGCUCAACACAUCAUGCUUGUGAGGCUAGAGAAUACAUUGAGCAUGAACUUAAAUGCAACCAGGCUCUAUCAAAAGAUAGACGAACUGCACUUGAAUCAGCGCGCAAGUUCGUCAGUCAGCUAUCCAAUCCGACGUUAAACUUCGAGGAGACUGCGGCUGUGCAUGAUAUGGAUGUUCAAGAAAACCUAGAAUCCCCUACUCUUACACCGGAAUUACUCUUUAUGAUGCUACCUGGGCACGAUAAGAGAACAAACUCCCAGGGAACAAUUAACUGGCCUGAUCAUAUCUCCGACAAAGUUCUAGAGCAAAUGGGGCUUGCAAUUAUCGAGGGCACAGAAUGUGAGCAAGUGCUCCAGCAUUAUCGAAUCAAUGUCUGGGUAAAGGCCAUGGGAUUUAUAUCAAAAAUGGCCCCUCUGCUCACCAGCGAACGUUUGAGGGAUCAUUUUCGGUCACUCAAAAAGAGAUAUGAAGCCGCUGCCGUCGAAAUUUUGAAUCAAAUUCCGCUGGCAGCUGAACCUAGCCUUCUUUUACUUCAAUCCAUUCUGUCUGCGGCCCGUUUGAUGCGGUAUUUAGGAAACAUGACACGCAGCUGGAUGUUGACAUCACAAGCUUCCAUGAUAAUCGUUUCCUUAAACUACCACAACAUCACAGAUACCAUUCCUCGAACUGAGAUAGAGGAAAAUAUUCAUGACUGUGUGUACACAUGCUAUUUCUUUGACAAAACCCUCAGUCUGCUGCUCCUCCGACCAUCGUCUCUACCGGAUCUGAAAGUUAGACCAACUCAAUUAGUCCACCUUGACCCUGACCUGCCAACAUCUGCCAUGAUAAAAGGCAUAGUCGAGUAUUCAGAGUUGAAAGGUGAUCUACUGAACGUCUUGCUUGAUACGAAGAAGACAAUAGGAGACACCGAGAAGGCCAAUAUACUGUCUGAUCUUGUGGCGCGAGCACACAUAAUUCACUCCAGUAUGCAAAUGUUUCGUCGUCGCCAAGAAGAGCAAUCCCCAGAAUUAUGGCGGCAAAUUGUGCGCGAAUGGCCAUCAAUGGACUUCAACUACUACUCCGUUCUCACGACAAUUAUCCAAGCCCGCUCCUCGGUACUCAAGUCCCGCUUGGUUUGCGAGAACUGUCUAUACUCAGCCCGAGAAGCUCUCAUCACUCUCCGAGGUUUACAGGAAGCAUUCUCCACCCACACCAAUUCCAUUGACUCAUAUCCACACUUUCUUACCUGGACAAUGCUGCUAUUCCCGUUAGCACCAUUCUUUGUCCUGUUUUGCAAUGUGAUCGCAACAUCAAACGAGAGAGACUUCCAUAUGAUCAAAAACAUCACUGACGACCUACGCCAAUUCGCAGAGGCGAAUGCCUCAAUUGGUAAAUUGUACAAGCUAUUCUCCAAAUUCCUAGACCUAUGUGCACCUUUGGUGAAAGGGAAUCCCAAACCUUCCCGUUCAGAACAGCCAGCAGCUGCACUCUCUGAUGCGCACACGGCUGGAAUCACCGAGGGCCAGGUGGCAUCCCACACAGAUAUACUUGGCCGUGCUGCAAAUGCCGAUCAGGCUUUGGUCAGUCUUGGGAGUACAGAUUCCACUGGAGGAGGUCCUACUGCUCCACCGUCUGUGGAGGGAUGGGAUGACAGUCUUGUGUGGGAUUUGUUCGAUAAUCAGCCGUCGUUAGGGUGGGCAGAUUCAGAACUAUGGAAUGUGAUGUCGCAGUUUGAUUCGUGA